AUGCUAUCUUUACUUGAAGUUAAAAGCAAAUUUGGUGCUGAAUUUCGUCGAUUUGAAUUAGAUAGAAAAAUUCCAAUAAAAUUUGAUGAUUUUUAUAAAUUAAUUGAAGAUUUACAUGGAUUACAAAAUAUUGCAUUUCAUAUAACUUAUCUAGAUAAAGAUGGAGAAUUACUUUCGAUUAAUAAUGAUACUAUUAUUGAACAUAUUUUACGAGUUUAUUCAGGUUUAUUAAGAAUAUUUGUACAACGAAAAGGUGAAUCGUAUCAAUAUUCAACUGAUUCAUUAAAAAAACGAAAGAAAAUAUCUGAUCAAAUAUCAUCAUUUAUUCAUCCAUCAUCAGAUAAAAAUACUCAUUCUCCUCAACGUAAUAUUGAAAUUCAACCAGAUUUUCGUCUUGUAUCAUCAAUAAUUGAUGUAGAAAAAUUACCUGUUACAUAUCGACGUGUUAGAUUACAUCGUUAUAAAGAAAGUAAACCACUUGGAUUUUAUAUACGUGAUGGUGUUGCAAUUAAAUAUGGUCCUAAUGGUGUUGAAAAUGUACCCGGUGUUUUUAUAUCACGUCUAUUAGCUGGUGGUUUAGCUGAAUCAACUGGUUUAUUAUCCGUUGGUGAUGAAAUAAUUGAAGUUAAUGGAAUUGAAGUUAGUGGAAAAACAUUAGAUCAAGUAACGGAUAUGAUGGUAGCAAAUAGUCAUAAUUUAAUUAUAACUGUUCGACCACAAAAUGAUACAUUUAAUUUACAACGUACAGCAUCAUCAUUAUCAACAAGAAAUACACAUAAUAUAAGUAAUAGUACAAAUCAAAAUGGCGGCUUAAGUGAUGAUGAUGACGAUUUAUAUCGUUUACAUGAUACUCAUAUUGAUGCUCAUCUACCAAAAACACCAUCCGUGUUAAAAUUGUGA